AUGAUUUCACUGUCAGGAAUAAUAGUAUCACCGUACGUUCUAGUGCUGUUCGUUGUUGGAUUUGUCGUGAUAACUUAUCGAUAUCGGCGUCCAAAACUUAACGAACCUCCGCUCGUACCUUACAAGUAUCCGUUAAUUGGACAUUCUUUGGACUUUAAGCGAAAUCCUGAGGAGUUUCUCAAACAAUGUCAUAAGAAGUACGGAAAUACAUUCUCGGUUUAUUUAGCUCGCCAAAUUUACACUGUUCUCAGCAAUAAUCCAACCUAUGAACUGUUCAAAUCGGAUGAUUUUAGUCUCACGAACGCGGUAUACGACAGAUUCCCGUUUCUCGACAUCAUUGGAGCGACCCGGUAUCCAUCUUAUACUGAUAGCAUGUCUGUGAUGAUCAGGGAUAAUUUGUACGGACAUCUUGCUAAUUAUCAGCCACGCAUUCAAUACGAGGUACAAUAUAGUAUAGAUCAGUUGAUCGGAGACUGUAAGGAAACUAAAAUAAUAGAUAGUCCUGAGGAAAUAGUAAGAAAUAUUGUCGCGCGGACAGUUGCAAAUGUGUUUGUUGGUGAGAAAUUAUGUAGAGAUCCUGAAGUCCUGGAAACAUUUGCAACAUUUCCAACUGUAUUAGAAAAGACUCUAAAAGUUCCCCACUUAGUAUACUUUAUUCAUCCUAGUCUGCACAGAGCAUAUAUAAGAUUACUCUUCAAGUUCGGUAAUAAUAAUAACCCAGUACAAAGGCAUAAGAAUAUUUUAAUAAGAAAGUUAAAGCCCGUUUUUGAAAAACGCCAGCAAGCCAUGCAACAGCACGGACAUAAAGAGACAAAUUGCAAUAAUCUUAUUCAAGCUAUUAUCGACCACUCCCUUAAUUUGUUUGGUGAAAUUCAACCUGAUUACAUAGCAUGUUUUUUGCUAACUCUCAUAUUUACUGCAACACACACUAUAACUUCAAGUAUUUUGAAUACUCUUGCUGAGUUUGUGGAAAGGCCAGAGUACUGGAAAGAUUUAAGAGAAGAACAAGAAUCCAUAGCAGGUGAUUUGGAAACUAAGUUGGACGGAAAAAAAUUAAACGAAAUGAAAAAAUUGGAUAGUUUUCUCAAAGAAUCCGCCCGCCUUCUGUGGCUUCCUUGCCGCAUUGUAUUUCAAAACAAUAUCGCUUACAUAAACGAUUCCUCUCUACAUGGCAAUAAUCCAGAGACAUUUUCAGGAUUUCGAUAUGUCGACAACGACGAUCCACUUACCAUGGUUGGUCGGUCAUCAUUAGCAUUUGGCUUGGGCAAACAUGCGUGUCCAGGUAGAUGGUUUGCCGCCAACACUAUGAAGACAGCACUGUCAAUCCUUAUUAGAAAGUAUGAUAUUAGCAAACUUGACCAGACGCGGCGGCAAAUUGUUCCAGGACAGGGAACUUUAGCAGUUAUUGUGCCACCUUUAAAGUUUAAAAACAGAAAGUAA